GAGAAGCUGUGGCUGCCCCUGGAUCCCUGGAAGUGUCCAAGGCCAGGCUGGAGCACCCUGGGAUAACAGAAGGUUUCCCUGCCCAUGGCAGGGGGUGGAAUGGGACGAUCUUUAAGGUCCCUCCCAACCCAAACUGUUCUGGAAUUCUGUGGUGUAGCAGGUGACAGGGUUGGGUUUGGUGUAAGGAAGAAGAGAAGGACUUUGUAGGGGGAAAAAGGAAAAGGAAAGGCUGGAAAUCCUUUCCAGGAUGGAGAAGUUCUGGCCUGGGGUAAGGAAGUAGCUGGAGAGGAUUGGGAUUGGCACUGGAGAGGAGAAGGAAGGGGGUCAUGGAGGAAACAGGGGGGUCACCCCUGAGCUCUUUGUGUCUUGUAGCUUCUUGUGGAGAAUCCCAGAGUUCAAAACCUGAUGGAAGUGUGUCCUGGUUAAAAAAAAAAAAGGGGAAGAUACAGUUGUUAGGCCUUGGAAACAUCCUUACUGAGGGUUGUUGGGAUCCCAGGAGCUUCCAACUCCUCCAUUUCCCAGAUGGUAGAUUGGGAAUAAAAAAAUUGGGCAUGAAAACUCCAGCCAGGAGGGAGGAGAGAAAAGAGAUAAAAUAGGAGAUAAAAAUAAACCCCAAACCCCAUAAAAUACAGGAUUGUGUGCAGGAAUGUUGUGCAGAUCAUUCCCAAGGGUGGGAGAGAAGAAUCCAGGACUGGAAUUUUGGUGGAAACCUUGCAAAGGGAAGGUGGCAGCAGCUCCUUGUCCUGGUGCUUGGAGCAUCUCCUGGGAUAAUUAGUAACCCUCCCAAUUAAUUGGGGAGCUCACACGAGUUUCUCCCGGCGCUGAGAGCGUUUCCCUCGGGGAGGGGGAUCAUCCCAGCGAGCUGAUGAACGAGGACAUCCGUAUCCACAGCUGGCCUUGCUCCUACUACCUGGACAGCGGGAAGCAAUGGGUGUCUGGGAGGCUCUCCCUGACUCCCGUCGGGAUCAAAUUCACAGCUGACAAGACGGGCGAGCUCUUGGUCGACUUCCCCCUGUCCGGCAUCAGCGAGAUCAAGAAGGAAUCUUCCAACCUGAUCUUCAGCUCCCUCACCAUCCUGGAGAAGAGCACCAAGCACUGGUUCAGCUCCCUGCAGCCCAGCAGGAAUGUGGUGUUCAACGUCCUGGAGCACUUCUGGAGGGAGCAGCUGCUGGAGAGCCGAGGGGCGGGAGCGGUGGGAGCGGCCGGGAGGAGCAGCAAGGGCAAGGAGCUGACCGGAAUGUUGGCAGGAUCCCAGAAACGCCUGGAGGACACGGCCAAGGUGCUGCACUACCAGGGGGAGCAGUUUGACAACAUCAUCAAGGGGCUGGACAAGAUCGAGGGGGACAUGGAUGUGGCCGACAGGUUGUUGACCGAGCUGGAAUCUCCUUCCUGGUGGCCCUUCAGCGGCAAACUCUGGAAAACCCCUCUGGAAUCCAAACCCAAGGAAGCGGCCGCGCCUGCCGAGCCCAAGAGCCAGGAAGGAAUCAUCCUGAGAAUCCCAGUCAUCGUCACCCACAGGACAGACUCCAAUGCCAAGCCUGGAAAACUCACCCUCUUUUCCUCUGGCCUGGAGAUCAGUGACUGCAGCGGGCAGGUGAUGCACAGGUUCGAGGGCAGGGACGUGGACGAGGUCCGGGUGCACUCGCCCUACGAGAUCAGCGUCCGCCAGAGGUUCAUCGGGAAACCCGACACGGCCUACAGGCUCCUGUCAGCCAGGAUGCCCCAGGCCAUUCCCGUCCUGGAGGUGCAGUUCAGCAGGAAGAUGCAGUUCCUAGAGGAUGCCCUGGGCUUUGCUGGAGCCGGGAAGUCUCCUCAGGGGGAUUUGGGCACCUCCAUCUGGCAGGCAGCCACAGGACUGCUGGCAGGGGUGGUGCAGCCUGGAUCUCCUGCAGGGAGCAGGGAAGGGACGGACAACGAGCAGGUUCAGCUGCAGCAGCACGAGAAGGUGUCCCAGGAAGAGGCCAAAGAGCUCAGACAGAUCCUGAAGAAGCUGAAGGGCCUUGCCCUGGAGACUGAGGCUGAGCUGGAGAGGCAGGACGAGGCCCUGGAUUCCAUCAGCAGCUCCGUGGACAGGGCCACGCUGACCAUCGACAAGCAGAACCGCCGCAUGAAGAGGCUCACGUAGCCCUGGGAAUGGGAGUGGGAACGGGAAUGGGAGCAGCAGGGAGCUGGAUUCACCCCCCCACUGUUCCUCCACGGACACUUGGGCUGCCCUGGGAGGUGUUUGGGACGUCCUCACUGGAAUUCUGGGCUGCUGGUGUGGAGUUCCUGAGGGUCUGGAGUUCCUGAGGGUCUGGAGUUCCUGAGAGUUUGCCUUUCCUGAGGGUUUGCCUUUCCUGAGGGUCUGGGAAGUGUUUCCAGGUGUUUUAGGAUGAAAAAAAAAGGUGAAAACUUGUAAAUAAAACCCCCGAGAGUGGAUCCUCCACUGCAGCAAAGGUGUAAAUACCACUGGAUGUGACCAGACCUGACUCAUCUUGGAUGUGCUUUUUUUUAUUUAUUUUGCUGCUUCUGAGGGUGGUUUUUGUUGGUUUUUUUUGGAGGGGGUAUUUUUUAGUGAAAGGAGCUGCUUUUGACACUUGAUUGAAAUUAUUACAACCAAUUAAUUCCCUCCCAAGGUCUUUUGAAACACUUAAUAUCUGAAUUAAAGCCCAAAUACCCAACUGGAGCUCACUGGGGCUCUUUUUUGGGGGGUUAAUGCUCAGGUGAGCAAAUGAUGGGGAUAAAACCUCAGGUUCCCUCAGCAAACAGCUUUAAUUCUGCUUUUAAUGCACCCAGAAAUUAAUUUAUAAGGGUGCUGAAGACUUUGGGGGAACAUUUGAUGGUCCUGCUACAUUAUUAUUUACUUUUCUUUAUUUAUUUAUUUGCACUAAGUGGUGAUGAAACAUUUCAGGAGUUCUCAUUGUUUCAACUUUUAUUCCUAAAAUCAAAGGGACAAAUGACAAAGUGGUGUCUGUUGGAGUUUCCAGGUGGGAAUGUAGGACAGGACAGACCUUUUUACCCCCUCCUAAAUCAUAUACUUAUAGGAGAGAUUCCAGGUAAUCCAUGGAAAACUCCCAUUUCAUCAAUUCCCACUUGAUUUCCCCUCUUUACCAGUUAUUUAAUUCAAAGUAUUUGUUGCAAUAUAUCCUUUUUUUUUUUUUAAUAAAGUGUUUUUAUUUUUUUAAAUUAAAUUAUUCCGGGGUUGCUUUAAAUCCAACACUUUCAGUGCAAUAUUUAUAACUUCAAACUGUCUCUUGCACCUUCAUUUUCCUUUUUUUUUUUUUUUUUUUCCAGCCUGAACCUGAAAGAUAAAUCCAGGAAAUCCCAGAGAGGAUUUCCAGGAGGUUUUCCAGAGGUUUUCCAGCUUUUACUCUCCCUUGGUUUGUAUCCCUCCAGUGAUUUUCCAGUCCUGGUUGUUCCUGGCAUGCACUUUGAUGCUGAAUGUGGUGAUUCUUCCUCUAUAAAUAAGCGAUUUACUCUGAAUUAAAUUCAUGUUUGGGGUGUUCCUGUUGUUUCCUCCCCCCAAAUCACUGUUGUUUUACUGGGAAACCGAGACAAGGUUUAGACAAGGAAUUAUUCCCUGGAUUAUUCCCUGGAUUUCUGAGUGUGUUUCGUGUGGGAACUGACCCUGGUGCUGCCUGGGGUGGAACCUCUGAGCUGAAUUUUUCCCAUCAGCAUUCCCAAAAUUCCAUAUUCCUUAUUUCAGCCUUUAAUUUUGCCUUUUUUUUGGUGCCAUAUUUUGAAUUGUUGUGGUUUCAGCACCAGCUGAGUUCCAUCUCCCUGAGCAUCCCGUGGGUUGUUGUUAUUCCAGGGUGUCCAAACCCAUGGAAUAUUCCUGGUGGGAAGUGCCCCAUCCCAGAGCUGUACAUUUGCUGAAUUCCAUGUUCCACCUGUAAUUCCUGCCCAUUAAAUCUCUUGGAAAUCUU